CACCACCACUGCAAUUCAACAUGGCAACAGAGAAGCUCAAGACAUUGCAACCUCUAAGGUCAGAUGAACAAGAUGCAGUCAUUUCUGCACGAUUGGCCGUUCCUGAUAGACCAUUGAGAGGAUUGAUGGCAAGAUUACAAGCGAUCGCAAAGAGUGAUGGAGCUGAAGAUGCUGCCAGUGCGAUUGCAUCCUUUACAUUAGAAUUAGAGGCAUACGUGCUAAAUCUAUCACGAAUCGAAGCUGUUGCUCAACAGACAACUGUUGAAGAAGUACGAAAGUAUGAUGAACAAAUACAGGCAAUCAAUGCAGAAAACCAAGCAACGAUCGAAUCAAUCGAAUCAUUAAAGAAAGAAUUGGUGGAUGUACAACAAGAUCGUAAGAAUAAGUUGGAGUAUGAUUCUAUAGCAAGUGAAAUUAUGAAAUACGGAACAAGAGAAGAAUUACAAAAUAGCUUGGCUAGCUUACAAGAACAGAUAGACACUUUGCAUUCCGAAUCCACCAAAUACACGGAAAUCAUGUCAACAUCAGAAUCACGAUUUGAAGGUAUUGCUUCUCAAUUAGAGGCUUUACGUGCUGAAGUUGGACACGAAGUAGGAGAACGCGAAAGAAGGGCUGUCGAACGUGGUGGGGAAGGUGAAGAUGAUGAAGAGACCAGUGCGAAUACCAAACACGGAGAAACGAAUGAUGGCGGUAUCGCAUUAGAUGAAGAGGAAGGUGCAACAUCAGGUAGGAAAACUUCCCUCAACCCUUCUGCACCCGCUUUCAAACCUACAGGCAAUGCCAGCAGAUCUUCUACCCCGGGUCUAUCAGGAAAGAGGGCGAACAUGACUGGCGAGAAACGAACACGUUCUUCGGCUCGGAGAGGUGGUGAGGAAGAGCAAAGCGGACGCAGCACAAAGAAAGUCCAUCUUGAAGAAGGUGAAAUGAGCGAUGCAGAGGAUGAAGAAGAGGAAGGGGCCGCAUAAUUUCCCAUCAAGCAACACAUUUGUACUUUUACACAAUACCCUUGCAAUUGCAAUCUGAAGAUGUAUAUUAUACACGAUUUGUCUAUUAGUACACGAUGCAAAAUAGUGAUUGAGGUUUUCAAGCAGCGAAAGAUACCCUCUUCUUUGGUGCUUUGAGGAUUU